CCCAUCUGUUCUCCAGUGACCUCCUGCGCUUCACUCUUGACAUCCUUCGACCAGUGUAACAUGCCACGCAAAGAGAACGCCAAUGCUUCAAUCUCAGCUCAGGCUCAACAAGAUCUCGUCUCCGACGGUAUACAGAACUAUGAGCUCCCAAAGUCGCUCGUCACAAAGAUCGCAAAAUCUGCAAUACCCGAUACGGCUAAACUUCAGAAGGAGACCGUGCUUUCGCUGGUGAAGGGCUCGACGGUGUUCAUUAAUUACCUUGCUGCCACCGCUCAUGAUGUCGCCCACUCAAAGCAACACAAAAGCAUUUCCGCGUCCGAUGUCCUCAAGGCUCUUGAGCUCAUCGAAUUCGGAGACCUGGUAGAACCACUGCAGGCAGAACUGCAGAUCUACCGUGACACGGUCAAAACAGACAAGUCUCGCAAGGGCGCUUCUGCGCGAGGCGCCAACUCAUCCACCGCAAAAACGAAAGACUCCGCCCCUCUCUCCAUUUCGCUUUCGACAAAGGGGAAGGGGAAGGCUGCCGCCACUCCGGCUUCGGCAGCGUCGACUACGGCCAAAACUCAAGUACACGCGGACCAGGUGGCCGCGAGCGUUUCGGGCAUGAGCAUAUCAGGGCCAAAUGGCGGCGCUAGCGAGCGGGCUGACGAAGAGAUGGAUGAUGACGUUGGCGAGGAGGACGAGGAACUGGGCGGGUACGAAGAAGAGGUUGAGCCGGAACUUGUUGGCGGGGAAGAUGAAGACCCUGGCGAUGAGGGUGUCGACGAGGAGGACGACGACGGCGAGGUGGAGGGCGGUGAGACGGAGGAUGCCAUAGUGCUUGAGGGAGAGGAGACGAGGCGGGACGUCAAAAGGCUCGAGGUGCAUGCAGAUGAGGGCGAGGUGGAGUAAGGAGUUUGCAAUGUACGCUCUCUAUUCCAGAUUUGUAUACCCACUCGCUUUCGAACCAGACUUAAUGCACCACACCC